AUGAUGGCCCAGCCGUGUUCGUUUUACGCGCAACCCGAGAUGAACACCAUGGACGGCGAGGACAACUACAACAACUACAGCUACGACGAUGGUUACGCUCAGUACCACAACGACACCCCCGACUACCCAUCAUGUGCAUAUGCCGGGCGUGACCCCCGGGACAUGGGGGAGGGGGGAUACGAUGAUGAGAAUAUGUGUCUGUCCAGGGGCCCGGGGUUAGCCCCGGAUUCACCCCCCUUCCAGAGAUACGCGGCCAAUGUGAGAGAACGAAAACGUAUGCUGAAUAUUAACUCUGCCUUUGAAGAGCUCAGACUUCACGUUCCGACAUUUCCUUUCGAGAAGCGCUUGUCCAAGAUUGACACCCUCCGGCUCGCCAUUGCCUACAUAGCGCUACUCAGAGAUAUACUGAUGUCACGUGCGGACCCCCUGGAAUUUGUCGAGAACAGUCUAAGACAGGGGACGGAGGGACAGAACGAAGCAAUAUGGAACACAAGCGAUCUCACAGCGCGGCUGUCGUGGGUGAAGUGGGAAAGCCUGGGGGUGCGGCGGCGGCCCUUCCUGUCGUCCCUCCCCUCUCAAAAGCCCGAAGCAUCCCCGGGGACGACUGAUGACUUGAUGCCAGGCUACCGUUCUGAGAGGAGGGGAUGGGGCGGGGAGACAUGA